GUGGCUGUUACAGAUAAAAUGUAAAAACUGCAUUCAUACACGACACUCUGCAGUCUAGGUGCCAGUGCUCUAGCUCUAAGUUUUCACUAUCUUGUGUCUCUCUUGCAUUCAGACUGCUAUAUAAGUAUACAAGCUCGUCUUGCACAUUUGCCAUGACAUCACCCCCUUUCUCCUCCUUCCCUCACUUUAAUCAUAUCCUCACAGCACUUCCCAGGCCAAAGGUCAUGACAGUGACGUUCACCUGAAACCAGUCAACUUCUAUAGAGACCCUUUCUUCCUGGGUAACAGUAUCCUAGUGAUGUGUGAGACUUAUUCCAAGGACGGGACACCUCACCCUACAAACAAGAGAUACUCUUGUGACAGGAUAAUGGAGAGGUGUGUACUACUGGAGGUCACCAUGUUACGUGUUGCAACUUUGUUGCACGCAACUUCAAAUGUAUGACCACCCGGCUGGCCAAAGUCGGGCUACCCUGGACAGCACGGUCCACUACUACUGUGCUGUGGGAGCCACCAAGGUCUUUGGGAUACAGAUAUCAGAGGCCCACUACAAGGCCUGUCUGUACGCAGGGCUGUGUGUGAGUGGCUCCAAUGCAGAGGUGAUGCCAGCUCAGUGGGAGUACCAGGUUGGACCUUGUCCGGGGACCGCCAUGGGAGAUGAACUAUGGGUCUCCAGGUACAUCUUGCACCGUGUGGCGGAGGAUUUCGGAGUGAUAGUGACACUGGACCCCAAACCCAUGCCGGGAGACUGGAACGGGGCUGGAGGCCACUGCAACUUCAGCACCUCCAGAAUGAAGGCUGAGAAUGGCAUGAAGGUGAUGGAGGAGGCCAUUCAGAGACUGGAGAAGAGACACAAGGAACACAUCAUACUCUAUGACCCCAGUGGAGGAGUAGACAACAGUCGUAGACUGACAGGUCUUCACGAGACAGCUCACAUUGACCAGUUCUUCUGGGGAGUGGCCCACAGAGGAGCCUCCAUCAGAAUACCUCGUGGAGUCGCUCAAGCUGGUCGAGGCUACCUUGAGGACAGAAGGCCGUCCAGUAAUGGCGAUCCCUACCUGGUGUGUGAGGCUCUGGUCCGUACUGCAGUCCUGGAUGACUGGACUGACUUUGACUGGACUAACAUGCCCUCUAAACCUUGACUGACUUUGUCUCUAAUAGCUACCACUGAUUGUGCACCAACUGAAAUCUCUGGUUUACUUUUUUCAAAAUUAGUUUUGUCUGCGUUCGCAUCGUUGCAGUGGCAAAAUAGCACAGUGAUGAGAGUAUGUUGCCAACUUAUUGACGGC